CUCUCUCGGCUUCCGUUACUUCCUCGCCCUUACCCCCCCGCCCCCUUCCCCUUCGACUGCCCUUAGUAGCCAUGGCGGCCAUGAGUUUAUUGCAGCGGGCUUCGGUCACUGCGGUGACCGCUCUGUCAGGCCUUCGUAGUCGACUUGGAUGUGGGGUUUUCCUCACCCGGAGCGUCCCCAAGGCUAUAGCUCCUGUUCGACAUAGUGGAGGUGACCAUGGAAAGAGACUAUUUAUCAUCAAGCCUUCUGGAUACUACGAUAAACGAUUUUUGCGUUUAUUGAAAUUCUACCUUAUGUUGACUGGGGUUCCAGUAGCAAUUGGCAUAACUCUGGUGAAUGUAUUCAUUGGUGAAGCUGAAUUAGCAGAAAUUCCAGAAGGCUAUAUACCAGAACACUGGGAAUAUUACAAGCAUCCAAUAUCCAGAUGGAUUGCCCGUACUUUUUGUGAUGCUCCUGAAAAGAAUUAUGAAAGAACAUUGGCUAUUCUUCAGAUUGAAGCUGAAAAGGCUGAAUUACGGUUAAAGGAACUAGAAGUACGGAAGUUAAUGCGUGAGAGAGGAGAUGGCCCCUGGUACCAGUAUCCAACCAUUGACAAGGCUCUGAUCGAUCACUCACCAAAAGCUUAUCCUGACAACUAAUCUUUUAUGUCUCAAAUAAAUUUAUAUUCUCUUUAGGGGAAAGUAUAAAUAUAUUCUUUUGUUGUUGUUCUGAAUAAAUAAUGAGUACAGACCUCUUUC